UUUUUAUAGAACUUGAAAAAUCUUAGUUUCUAAAUGCUAAAGUCACCGAUUUAAAAUGCAGUUCUUACAAUUGUGCUAAAGUUGCAUAUUCAAGAUGGGGUUUUUAAUAAUUUAAUUUAAAAAAAGAAAAAGAAAAAUGACAGUUAAUUUAGAGAAAUAAGAUUUAGGCACAAAAGAAUGUGAUCAUUUAUAAGAAGUGAAACAAUUUUCUUUUUUGGAUACUGUACAGUAACACUUUUAACUAUAUCCUCCAGUUAGCUCCAUAGAUCGUAUGGUUUAUGAUCAAGCAGUUAGGUUUAACCAGUAUAUGAUACUGGGUGUACGGCAGACAUGAUGUUUCUAGCCUGGAAACUCAACAUUUCCAACUAAUUUCUUCAUUAAUUUAUGCGUUACAUAGAGGGAAAGAUACUAUUUUAAUGCCAAAUUGCAUAAUUAAAGUUUUUAUUGUGACCUUGUCCAUAUGAGGCCUCCACUGGAGGCAUCUCUUGGGUGGCAUAUUCUUAUAAUACCACUUUCAAUCUCAGAAAUAUUUUUCUACCAACUUUGUUUUGACCGAAGUGAAAGAUGUUCUCGUUUUUUCUUUAGUGAGGUACAUAAUGAGAUCAUGCCCAGAUGAAUACUGUUUGCCAUGACUAAGUUCUCAAAUAGAAUUUCUUAAGGAAAGUCCUUGUGUGUGCAAAUGGGAGUAUCUUUUGGGUUGGUGGGAUACGGAUGAAGUAUUAGACUGCAGUUUCUGUUCAAAACCAAAGGCUGGGUUCAGCACAUCUCCUUCUAAAUCCAAACCAGAAUCAGAUACCAAUCUUGAUAUCAUGGUUACACUCACAAUAUAUAUAAGAAAUCUUCACAUUUCAGGAUGUUCUGUGUGAAUUUUGAUAGUUUCAAACGUGUGGAAUGGUACUUUGAAAAACUCUUUGUUGGACUAAAUAAUCAGGGCUGACUCCAAGCCUAGUCAUUGCUCCAAAGACUCCCAUUCCCGUCGAUUUUCUUAGAAACCAAACACCAGCAAAUGGGUCCCAUCCUAACUCCCUCCAGGUGUCUUCAAAGGGUCUCUUUCAGUUCCAAAUUUUAAAUCAUAAAUGAUGUAUCAUCACCAAUUGAAUAUAUUUUUUUUGGCUUGUUGCCAUUUCAUUAUUUCAUUGAGAGAAUACUAGUUUAUUCCAGCCCUCUUUUGAUGGAGAAAGGAACUUAGGCUAGAUCAAUGGUUAUGGUUAUAAUCAAGGUUUAGUACCCUCUGAAACUCAAUCUAAAACCAGGCAGAUGCUGCCUUGAAUUAUCGAAUCCCUAAUUUGAUCUGAGCAACCUUUUGAUUAACAUCACUAGCAGUUAUCGCCAAAUUUCCUUUUUGAGUCAGACCCUGAAGAAUCAGUCUAAUCUCAAGGUUAAUCCAACCAUGGUAAUGGUGGGCAUUACUGUUUCAUGGUUUCCUAACAUUGCUGUUGUCAUCGUGGGCGUGUUCUUUUGAUUUCUUUAAUACCCCUAGUUCAUCACUACUUCUAUUACAAGAAAGGUUUUGGUGAGGUUGGCUUGGUCUUCUCUUGGCCCCUGCCUAUGUUUCCUCCUCCAUUCCUUUGCUUUCUUCCUCGUCCUAGCAGCUUCUAUAAAUUUAUUUAGACCCCGAAUUCAGAUUUUUUCUAUAACAAAAGGCUCUUGAGGGUUUAGUGCUCUUCUUAUCUUCCUUUCCUCUCCAUUCUUCUGUUGUCCUUCAUCUUCCCUUCAAACUCUUUUAGUUCCUCUGAGCAUACAAGCUCACCUCUACAGAAAGAGAGGUUUAGAGGGUUGCUUUGGCUGCCUCUGUUUUUUCUCCUACUGUUUGUCUGUUCUCUUAACUCUUUCUUCCUUAUCAGUCCAUGAUCCAAUUGCCCUAUGUUUUUGAGGGGCAAAAACUAUAGGCAUCAUGGGGAGGAACACUGAAGAACAGAUUGUUUCGCAUGCGGGUUCUAAGGCUACAAUGGAUGAUGGACUUAAAGAAUCCUCUUUCGCUUCUAUGCCUAAAUCACCUUUACAAAAUAGCAAAGCAAGCAGUAUGGUAGUCAAGAAAGCACAUACUGUGAUUCCUGCUCACAUAGUUGCGGAAGCCAUAUCAACGCUCCAUGGUCUCGACCUCAGAUGGUCAGGUCCAAUCACGCCGACUGAGAUGCAGUAUGUUGAGCAGUAUGUCUUUGCAAAGUACCCUCAAUACGCCAAUGGAUUGGUUGAGGAAGGAGAAAUGAUUGAUCUCUCCACUCUUUGCAUCAAUGAGGAGUCUUCAGAUCCAACACCUGACGAUAGGAGGAAGUCCCCUAGAGGCAGUUUCAGAGAGUCCACACCUUCCUUUGGUAGCAAUCUCCCUGAUCUAGACAGAACCCAGUUGGAGGCAUCAAGACUGCUUGAUAUCCUCACCAAGAAAUCCUCCUUUCCUGGCAGUUUCAUCUCAAUCCCAGAAAUCCAAGCUCAAAACAAAGUUCUAAAGCACUGUGGUUUGUCUGACAAUGAGUACCUAGUCCUCUUCACGUCUAACUACAAGGAAGCGAUGAUGAUGGUGGGAGAGAGCUAUCCUUUCUUCAGGGGAAACUUCUACAUGACGAUUCUUGGGGAAGAAGAGGAUUACAUAAAGGAAUUCGCUAGUUACAAGGACUCAAAAGUGAUCUCAGCACCAGAGACUUGGCUGGACUUGAGGAUCAAGGGAUCGCAGCUUAGCCAGUACUUCAGAAGGAAGUGUAAGCACAGCCCCAAGGGACUCUUCUGUUACCCUGCGGAUGUGAAUGGUACACGAUACUCAAUGCACUGGGUUUCAGAAGCUCACCGGAACUCAUGGCAUGUUCUGCUUGAUGCCACUGCGCUAGUUGUGGGGGAGGAUAGGUUGAACCUGGCACUGCACCGGCCGGACUUUGUAUUGUGCAGUCUGGACAACACACACGCUCAUCCUUCAAGGAUCACUUGCCUCUUGGUCAGGAGGAAAUCCUUUGAUACAUCAACAGCUCCAGCUUAGAUCCAUGAGUGACAGGGAACGAUUCAUUUGAGAAAUGUAGAAUAUGUUCAAAUUGGUUCAGCAAUAUAUAUACCUUGUUUUCGCUUGGGAAUUUGAAUCAAUGAACGAGUUUUCAUAAGAUAUAAUUAGUCAAA